ACCGGAAGUACCAUGUUUGUUUCGUGUAGUAAUUUAUUUAAUAGGUUUUCUGGAAGUUAGCAGUUUUUGAGUGCAUGCUUCACACGUUUUGUUUUCAUUGAGUUAUUCCUUUGAAUUUCUCCUUACUCCUGUUUUUGUGAGUGCCAUUACUGUCUUCGAAGUACAUUAGGCCAGCAGUUACAGCGCUACCAUGGGGUUUCUUCUGUCUAAAUCCAUGGAUGCAAACUUUAAAAAGCAGCAAGAAUUUAUGCUCCACAAUGCACGGCUGCAGAUGGAGCGUCAGAUUGUGAUGCAGAACCAGAUGAGAGAAAGACAGAUGGCGAUGCAGGUGGCCUGGUCCAGAGAGUUUCUCAAAUACUAUGGGACCUUCUUUACGUUGGCUACAGUGGGACUCACUGUAGGUGCCAUUAAAAGAAAGAAACCCUUCCUAUUGGCUCCCAUCGUUCCUCUGGGCUUCAUAAUGGCCUACCAGGUGGACAGUGCCUAUGGGACUCUUAUUUAUCGAGUGAGAGGGGAGGCUGAGAGUAUCAUGACAUCUGACCAUGACCGCUUGGACUUACCUCACGGGACUCCGACUUUCGAAAGCAUAGAGAAAGCUCGCCGCGCUAGAAGCAGCCUCGCCUCCUUCCUGGAGAAAUGACGUGUUGGUUAUCUUUCAGACAAACCAUCCCCGUCCAGCCGAUGCAUUCACCCAUUGUGCUUUAUGCUGCUUUGACAUUAUUGAGUCUAUGGUUUGCACUAAUUCUAUAUCAUGGACCUUGAGUCAAAUUUGUUUCAAUACUAAUCACUAUUAAAAAUGAUGUUGUUUUGCAUGAGUUGCCAAAUACUGAAGCCAAACACAAUACUUUAGGUAGUAUUACACUGUGAGUAUGCGGCAUAUCAUGGAAUACAUCUGUUAAAUUAUUAUUUGCAUCAAUUAAAGCAUCGAACCAUAAAUAAUAUUGCCAGUUAGUGUUGAAAAAUAAAUACUCAACCAUGUUAACAAAGAUUGUUAAGUCAAUCAGGCUGUAACUUUGGAAAGCUCCUGCCAAUUGAACCUUUCAAAGACACAUACAAAUGUUUAGUAUUAUUGUUCAAAGAUGAAAUGCUUUUUAGUUUUCACACGUUUAUUUUGUCCAAUUCCCCAAAAUAUUUUCAACCAGCUGCCCCAGCUCUUUGUCCUGUAAAAAUUGCAUUAUGGGAAAGUCGGUUAGCAUGCUGGUCUUGGUUGCCUUUGUUUCGUCCAUUUUCCAUUCUAAAAACACCUAAAGAGCAGCUUAGCCUCGGUCUGUUGUACACAAUUUGCACUUGGAAAAGAUCUUUAUAUGUUGUGCUUAUGCUUAGUUUAUUGUAUCAUAAAUUAAAGCGACAUUACGUUAUUCUUGACCACUAGAGGGCAGAAAGACUUCUAAACACACUCACUGUAACCUAACCGCUAUAUCAAGGUCAGGGCUAAUGCAAAACGACAAAACAGUCUCUUGGUGUUUGGGUUUUGGCCCCGAGACACAGAAAUGCAGUAUCAACAUUUGCGAGGCCUGCUUUGGUUCACCAGUUCUUUGUCUGCUCGUGUUAGGUGCUUAACUUUUGGGUUUUUUAUGCCCGAGAGGUACACUUGCUAACAACAGCUGUUAGCUGUGGCCAUUUUUUGUCCAUUUUGUGCCAGCGAUUAAGGACAGGUUGUGUUGUAUGUAUGCUGUCAAAAAUGUUAAAGCCCCUUAUGUACAUGUGUUAUGUUGAGCUAUAGAAAUAACAUUUGGUUGAUUCAUUAAUUUGCCAGGACCGGAGAAUCAGAGCAACUACAAAGUGAUCAAAAUGUUCUAAAGAAUAAUCCUCACUGCAGACAUAAAGAUUGUUAUUACUUCAAACUAUCACUAGAAUGUUUGGAAUUUGAAGAAGCUUUAAACCACACCUUCAGUCCACAUUGUUGCACCUGUAACUUUUAUUGUUAUGAUCUCAGCUGUAUUCAGUCCAUGUCAGAUAUUACAGGUGUAGGUAUUUAUGAGUUGUGUAUUUGCCAUAAUCAUGUUUGGAUCAUGGAAACUAUUUUUGGUAAUCGAAUACAAAUAAAUAUUGCCAUGACUUUCUCUUUUACAAUCAUAUUUUGUGACAUGGUUCUAAUUCAACCAAUAAUCAAAACCAAUGAAUACGGACAUGGUGUUCAAGAAGCCUGAAUCGCAUCGAAUCCUUCCCAGUGAAGUGCACAAGACAUCCAACAUGCCUUUGAUUUGUUUGCGUCAAAAAUCAUAACUGCAACUUCCGUUUGAGAAAUGAGCACACUCACACUACAAAAGAAUAUUGCACUAAUGUUAUUACAAUAAAGAAAUUACUCCCAAGUA